CGUUAAUUUCUUUUCCUUCCCUUAUUUCAUCAUUUCUUUAGAACCUCAUAGAGUUUUCCAUGCCAUAAUUUGAUCCUUGGUGACCUCUAUUGCUGACCUGAAACAAAAUCGUGUUGCGCCUUAUCGUCGGUCUUUUGCGCAACUUUCUUAUCGCCCUUGUCGAUUCAAAUCGCCAAUCGAUCCACGAUUGCUUUUGCUUAUCGCACAUAUACGGAUUAUAGACUGAGAUAUCACCUAUCCCACCGCCUCUCAUGGGUCAUCUUUUGCAACAUGGAAGGGCGACUGUGCGGCAGUUGAGCAGAACACGGCCACAACGAUCGCAACUAAGGCACCACUCCUCCGAGGCGUCACCUAAUCCUGCCCCUGAGAAGAACAGCACAUCAGCAAACGCUUCGCGAUCGAGUGCUCCACCGUCAUCCACAUCGUCAUGCUCCCCGAAUAACAGUUCGCCCGGAAGCACACCUUCAGCUGCCUCCACCCCCGCCCGCUCGAGUUCGCGAACGUUCUUCCAGGCCAUCCAGGCAGGACCAAUUGGUAGAUUGGCUGAAUCAUACGCCAGAGUACAACAAAGGAGACCUUACGCGACGCAGGUUGUCAGCUCUAUUGUGAUAUAUCUAUGCGGCGACCUGAGUGCGCAGUUGUUGUUCCCCUCUGACAGCCCGGCGCAAACAUCACGGGCUGCUUCUGAAGGGAAGCCUGCGGACUCGGCUGAAGAUGGCGAGGAUAAGGCUGCUUCGAGUGGAGGAUACGAUCCUCUGAGAACUAUGCGACAUUUGACGGUUGGUGUGGGAUCUGCCAUUCCGUCCUAUAACUGGUUCAUGUUCCUCCACAACAACUUCAACUUUCAGUCCAAAUUCCUUUCCAUCCUCACCAAGGUCUCCGUACAACAAGCGGUCUUCACACCCGUUUUCAAUACGUACUUCUUCAGCGUACAUUCCCUUCUCGCUGGCGCAUCCCUGGAAGAGACAUUCGAGCGCUUGAAGGUCGCUCUGCCCGUCAGUAUAUCGAAUAGCGUUAAACUUUGGCCUGCCGUCACGGCCUUCAGCUUCAUGUACGUGUCUCCGCCUUUCCGGAGCAUCUUCGCCGGUGUCAUCGCCGUCGGCUGGCAGACCUAUCUCAGUUGGUUAAAUCAGAAGGCUGCCAGAGAGGUCGAGGCGGAAAUGGCCGAGCCGGACCAUUCGUCUCAUGUGCUGGUUUCUGGCAGUAUCAGCCCUUCGACAACGAUAAAAGCAUGAGGCACCUUUCCAUGACUGCGUUUUUUAUACCCUUUCCUUUGCAUAUUCUAGACUCGCAGGCGCGAUUGAUUUGAAUAGGCGGUGGAUUGUCCUGCCUUCUUGAGCGGUGCAUUUUCGACGAGUACAUAGACCAGAACUAUUCUCAUACAUUAUACCCCAAUACAAGAACAAACCUCUCAGUGAUC